GAGGGCUGCGUGGCUGAGCAGUGCAAAGGCCUCAAUCCUGCACUCCAUGGGGACUGCACAUACAGACCAGGAGCUGGAGCGGGGUGAGAGGUGAAUUAUAGUCACAAGGGGAUCCUCUGCAGGAAGGAGGCCAAGGGAAAGAGGCUUGAAAGGCUUGAUAGUUCACCCACUGCAAUUCACUGCUGGAGUAAGCAGGGCUCCCCUUCCCAGGGCUGAGGGGAGGAGGGGGUGUGUGCUCUCCCAGGGCUGAGAAGUGGCGGGUGAGCUGGUGGUUCCUUACUGCCCGGGCUCUGUCUAGGAAGGUGCGUCCUCACCAUGCUGGAUGGUGUCCUAGUCCAGGAGCGCCCCCUGAACUCCUGGCCUAGACUUCGAAGGGUUGGGUAGAUGAGCAAAGACCUUACAAAGACCUUAGGGGAUACCUGUUCAGGAGCGCCCAGGAAUUACUGGGCUACCACUCUGCAGACUGUAGGACAAGCUUCAAGAACAGGAAGGAAGUCUUGCAGCUGAAGGGAGGCACUCCUUGGCCUCUGCAGCCGACCACAUGAAGGUGGUGCCAAGCCUCCUGCUCUCCGUCCUCCUGGCACAGGUGUGGUUGGUACCCGGCUUGGCCCCCAGUCCUCAGUCGCCAGAGGCCCUGGCCCUUCAGAACCAGACCGGUGGGGUAGUGCAGGCUCCCAGGGAGGAAGAGGAGGAUGAGGAGGAGGCCAGCGAGAAGGCUGGUGAGGAAAAGAAAGCCUGGCUGAUAGCUAGUGGGCAGCAGCUUGCCAAGGAGACUUCAAACUUCGGAUUCAGCCUGCUGCGAAAGAUCUCCAUGAGGCACGAUGGCAACAUGGUCUUCUCUCCAUUUGGCGUGUCCUUGGCCAUGGCAGGCUUGAUGCUGGGGGCCACAGGGCCGACCAAAGCCCAGAUCAAGACAGGGCUCCACUUGCAGUCCCUGAACACCACCAAGCCCGGGCUCCUGCCCUCCCUCUUUAAGGGACUCAGAGAGACCCUCUCCCACAACUUGGAACUGGGCCUCACACAGGGGAGUUUUGCCUUCAUCCACAAGGAUUUUGAUGUCAAAGAGCUCUUCCUCAAUUUAUCCAAGAGGUAUUUUGAUACAGAGUGUGUGCUUAUGAAUUUUCACAAUGCCUCACAGGCCAAAAGGCUCAUGAAUCAUUACAUUAACAAAGAGACUCAGGGGAAAAUUCCCAAACUGUUUGACGAGAUUUAUCCUGAAACCAAAUUAAUUCUUGUGGAUUACAUCUUGUUCAAAGGGAAAUGGCUGACCCCAUUUGACCCUGUCUUCACCGAAGCCGACACUUUCCAGCUAGACAAGUACAAGACCAUUAAGGUGCCCAUGAUGUAUGGUGCAGGCAAGUUUGCCUCCACCUUUGACAAGAAUUUUCAUUGUCAUGUCCUCAAACUGCCCUACCAAGGAAAUGCCACCAUGCUGGUGGUCCUCAUGGAGAAAAUGGGUGACCACCUCGCUCUUGAAGACUACCUGACCACAGACUUGGUGGAGACAUGGCUCAGAAACAUGAAAACCAGAAACAUGGAAGUUUUCUUUCCAAAGUUCAAGCUAGAUCAGAAGUAUGAGAUGCAUGAGCUGCUUAAGCAGAUGGGAAUCAGAAGAAUCUUCUCACCCUGGGCUGACCUUAGUGAACUCUCAGCUACUGGAAGAAAUCUCCAGGUAUCCAGGGUUUUACAAAGAACAGUGAUUGAAGUUGAUGAAAGGGGCACUGAGGCAGCGGCAGGAACCUUGUCAGAAAUUACUGCUUAUUCCAUGCCUCCUGUCAUCAAAGUGAACCGGCCAUUUCAUUUCAUGAUCUAUGAAGAAACCUCUGGAAUGCUUCUGUUUCUGGGAAGGGUGGUGAAUCCGACUCUCCUAUAAUUCAGGACACGCAUAAGCACUUCGUGCUGCAGUAGAUGCUGAAUCUGAGGUAUCAAAUCCACACAGGAUACCAGCAAUGGAUGGCAGGGGAGAGUGUUCCUUUUGUUCUUAACUAGUUUAGGGUGUUCUCAAAUAUAGUAGUCCCCACUUAUCUGAGGGGUAUACAUUCAAAGACCCCCAGCGGAUGCCUGAAACGGUGGACAGUGCUGAACCUUAUAUAUAUUGUUUCCUACACAUACAUACCUAUGAUAAAGUUUAAUUUAUAAAUUAGGCACAGUAAGAGAUUAACAACAAUAAUAACAACAUUAAGUAAAAUAAGUUACUUGAAUGCAGGCACUGCAAUACCCUAACAGUCAAACUGACUAUAGAGAAGGCUACUAAGUGACUCACAGGCGAGGAGCACAGACAGUGUGGAGACAUUGGGCAAGGGGAGAAUUCACAUCCUGGGUGGGACAGAGCAGGACGAUGCAAGAUUCCAUCCCACUACACAGAAUGGCAUGCCACUUAAAACUUUUAGAUUAUUUCUGGAAUUUUUCAUUUAAUGUUUUCAGAUCAUGGUUGACCAUAGUUAACUGAGACUACAGAAAGCAAAACCAUGGAUAAGGGAGGACUACUACAAAAGCAUUACAUUGAUUUUUUUUUAAA